CGGAGCCGAGGUCCGCGCGGCCCGGGCGGGAUGCCCCCGCGGGGCCGCCCCCGGGCGGCAGGUGGAGCGCCGGGCGGGCGCGGGGGAGGCCAUGUGACCCGCCCGGGCCGGCGGGGCGGGGCGCGCAGGUGAGGCGGCGGCGGCGCGGGGCGGGAGCACACGGCCCGCGGCUCCGGCAGCAUGUCCGUCGGCAGGAAGGACUGGUCGGCGCUGUCCAGCCUGGCCCGGCAGUGGUCUCUGGAAGACGAGGAGGAGCAGGAGCGGGAACGGCGGCGGCGGCGCCGAAACCUGAGCUCAGCCACGGACGACGGAGCUCCCGGGCUCAGCCAGAGCGGAGCAGGGCCGACGGCAGAGAGACUGCCCAGCGUGGAGGAAGCAGAGCGGCCCAGGCUACCGCCCCAAGCCUGCGAAGAUGAGGAUGAGGACAUCCCGGGCAUCCUCAGGACGCGGCAGGAGCGGAGGCAGAGGCGGCAGAUGGUGGAGGCUGCACAGGCCCCUGUCUGGGAGAGGCUGGAGGCAGAGCCAGGGAGGGACAGCGCAGGCCCUGGGCAGGCCAAGAAGCAGCCCCUCUUGCCCAAGAAAGAGGUGGAGCUGCCCCCUCGCCGGAGACUCAGCCGGGAGCAGCGGGGCCGCUGGGCUGGGGAGGAGGAGAGUGCGGUGGGCAGUGAGCCGGCGGGUGGGGAGAAGGGGGUCUCGGAGAAGACCCCGGUCUUGGAGAAGUCCCCCGGUCCAGAGAAGACUUCAGCACUUGAAAAGAGACUGAUGUCAGGGGAAACCUCCACCCCUGAGGAGACCGUGGGCCCUGAGCAGACAUCCGUGCUGGAGAAGACAGUGGUGUUGGAGAAAAGAGCCAUCGCGGAGAAAAAGUCAGUUCUAGAGAAAAUGAGUGUGUCAGAGAAGCUGCCAGGGAAGACGUCAGGCUUGGAAGGGAGACUGGUAUCCGAGAAAGCACUGCUCUUUGAGAAGCCACUGGUUUCAAAGAGGGCAGCAGCCUCGGGGCGCCCUGCCCAGGAGCAGCCAGCCUCUGGGGGAAGCCGGUCUGCCUCCAGCGAGCAGAGAGGAAGGGCCCUCCCGGAGAAGAACCCUCUGUCCUUGGCAGGACAGGGGGCGGCAGGCCCUCUGCCUGCGGCUGCCCGCCUCCCACCCAUCACACUCCAGGUGAAAAUCCCCAGCAGGGAGGAAGGGGUGGACACCUCCUCACCCUCCCAGGCCACCUACAGCAGCUCCCUCAAGCGCUCCAGCUCCAGGACCAUCUCCUUUCGGAUGAGCCCCAGGAAGGAGAACUCGGAAACAACCUUAACCCGCAGUGCCAGCGUGAGGCUUCCGGUCAGCACAGCCCGGCUGGGCGAGAAGCUGAAGAGAUACCACACUGCUGUGCAGAGAUCGGAAUCUGUCAAGUCCCCAGGCUCUUCCCGCACCGAGUUCUUUGUGGCUCCCGCGGGUGUUGCCAGCAAGCGGCACCUCUUUGAGAAGGAGGUGGUGAGCCGGAGCCAAGCGGAACCAGCCUCUGGCAGGAAGGAGAACUUGAAGCUUUCAGGGGUUGUGACAUCAAGGCUCAACCUGUGGAUCAGCAAGACCCAGGAGCCAGGAGCUCAGGACCCCCAGGAGGUGCAGAAAGAGUCAGAAGCCGCCAAGAGGACCCAGUGGGGAAGGAAAGCGGUCUCCUCCCUGGAGGCUGAGGUGUGACCAGUCCUGCUGAGGCCCACCUGCCCAUCUGCGUCUCAAGGGUCCUCCCCUCCUCAUGCCACCUGCUCCCUUUCUGCCUCUGGACCUGAGACGGAAGGAAUGCCGGGCAGACUCAGCCAGCAGCGGCCCAGCCUGGCGUCUGGGGGCAGGCGUGAGCACUCGGGGGCCUGCACGGCCCGUCCGGAGACGGAGCCUACUUCCUGCUCACUUCCAGGGCCAGGGCAGUGCCGUCUCAAGAACCCCAGGGUCACCUGUCCGAGCUCCUCCCGGCAAGCACCUCCACGUGCCUGUGACAUCUCUGCCUCACGGAGGCCUGGCUUUAUCCACCAUGGUCCCUGGGGCCUGCCGGCAGCUUGCCGAGGCCCAGAUCAGCCGGAUCGGGAGGAGCUCGGUCUUCCCUGCGCCUCAUCUCCCUGCUUUGUGCCCCUCACACCCCCGGCCCCCUGCUCUGUCUAGGAGCUCUGUGCCUUUUUGUGCCCCCUCACCCUCUCCCUAGAAAACCUGUUCUCAGGAAAAGCCUAAUAAACUCGUUCACUCUCAGG